CUCCUCCUCCGUGUUCUUGUCACAUUGUCCAACAUGGCUGCCUCCAUGGUGAGGUCCUGCCGCUAUGUAUCCUGUAUUCUGCUCAGGCGACCGGGUCUUUACCUCACACUCAGGUCUAACUUUCACUGUUCCUCCUCUGCACAUAGCGGACUGCUGUUUUCUCUCAACAAACGCGGUAUCCUGAAGGACUCUUUCCCAGAGAACGCAGCGCAGGACCGGCUCCCCAAGCUGCUCCAGUCCGGUGCUCAGACUCUGUACUGCGGCUUUGACCCCACGGCCGACAGCCUCCAUGUGGGCAACCUGCUCGCCCUCAUCGGCCUGCUGCACUUCCGAAGCGCCGGGCACCAUGUCCUGGCUGUACUCGGAGGGGCCACGGCGCAGAUCGGAGACCCGAGCGGCAAAACACACGAGAGGGAGCGGAUGUCCGCGGACGCCGUGGAGGCAAACACCCGCAGCAUCCAGGAGAGCAUCCAGGGGAUUUUCACCAACCACGAGCUGCUGUUUCACGACAGCUCCAGGAAGCUGGGCACCGUGACGGUACUGAACAACCUGAGCUGGUACAAGGACUGGGGCGUGGUGGCGUUUCUGUCGGAGGCCGGAAGGCACUUCAGGAUGGGCACCAUGCUCAGCCGCCACAGCGUGCAGUCCAGGCUGAGGAGCGCAGACGGUAUGAGCCUGACAGAGUUCACCUACCAGGUGUUCCAAGCGUAUGACUUCCACCACCUCAACCAAAUAUACGGCUGCAAGAUUCAGCUCGGGGGCACCGACCAGCUGGGCAAUUUGAUGUCUGGCCAUGAUUACAUUCACAAAGUGAGCGGUGAGGAGGUGUACGGCCUGACCAUCCCGCUGGUGACCAGCUCUGUCGGGGACAAGCUGGGGAAGACAGCAGGCAACGCAGUGUGGCUCAACAGAGACAAGACGUCUCCCUUUGAACUCUACCAGUUCUUCCUCAGGCAGCCUGACUCCAGCAUAGAAGGGUACCUGAAGCUGUUCACCUUCCUGCCUCUGGCGGAGGUGGAGAGUCUGAUGGAGCAGCAGAGAGCAGAUCCAAGUAAACGCCUCGCACAUAAGCGACUGGCCGCGGAGGUGACCAAACUGGUGCACGGAAAAGACGGCCUGGAGAGUGCAAAGAGAUGUACCAACGCGCUGUACAACAGCAGCGUGCAGGCCUUGGAGGAAAUGAGUGAUGAGGAGCUUCAGGAGCUCUUCAGGGAGGCCCCCUUCCAUGAGCUGCUUUUGGAGCCAGGUACCACCGUGAUAGACGCCUGCCGCAAAGCCAACGCCAUCCCAGAGGGUCCCAGAGGGUAUCAGAUGGUUUCGAAGGGAGCCGUGUGGAUCAACCACAGUCGGACAGACAAACCGGAGCAGGUUCUGAUCCCCAAACUCCACAUCCUAUCGAAUGGACUCACCUUGCUCAGAGUGGGAAAGAGGAACUUCUACAUCAUCAAGUGGCUCAGCCUCUGAGGCUGCCUGCUCUCACAGUGGACCAGUUUGAGCUGUGACGGACUGACUGGGAAGGUAGGCGACUACACCUCAGCAGGAUCAGUGAGGAGACGAGGAUGGACUGAUAUUUUGGAACACACUGGGUUGUGGGCGUGGCCUAAACCCUUAAUGGUUACCUGUAGUUGUCAUAUAAAUAUGUAUAUGUACAGAUGUGACGUUUAUGUAAAGCUAUGGUAUUAAACAGAGUUUGAUAUAAAGAUUGUUUCCUGCUGACUUUGUACCCAGAGAUGUUGGACAGUGGACACUAGGGGGCAGCAUUGUCCCAGUCAUAGCUGCAGUGCUGCAGGCCGCCACAGCUGCACCACACACCCUGCUGUGACCCCAUAGGUAAAUAAUUGCUCCCUGUAAAAUUAAAUUGCAUCAUUUCUCGCAAACAGGUUAUAGUUCUAUUUUAAGCAGAUCAUGUUUUUCCAAUUUGACGUGAACACGAGGCCGACAUGUGUCCUAAUGAGGCUGUUGUUUCUGCCUCAGCUGUGGAAGGUGUAAAGUGUACCAGGGAGAAAAGAACAAGCUUUGGAUCAACUCCAGCAUCGACAUAUCUUGCUUUUAGUUUAUUUUUAGAUUCUAUAAAUUUGGUGUUUCCAUUAGGGGAACAUUUAUUCAAGAUUAGCUUUAGAUUUUCCCCUCCAGCACAAAGUUUUCACUGUGGUGUAAAUAACUAUAUUUAACUCUCAGCAUGCAGGGCCUCUGCCUGUCACUGCUGGUUUCUUUCUUUUUGGCUUUUUGUUUUUUUGCAUGUACAGACUUCUGAGCGUGGAGAUGUGCGUAGCUCUCUCGUCCUCAUACAUCUGUUCUUCUCUUUUUCUCCUGGGGGACGGUGGAGAUGAGGACAGGGUCUGGGGUGUGCUGACCUCGACUUACCCCUCUCAGCUCCAGAGAAUUGGUGGAAAUACCAUGUCAUAAGGACACACAUGUACUCAAUGUACAAUUUAUUUUUUUUAUGUUUUGGCCAUAGUUAGAUGGAGGGGUUAUAUACCUACUUCUACAGAGGGUCCACACCUUGAAGCAUUAGCCUAUGUAUUCUCAGAAAUGUUAUCUCUUUUAAGGUGGAAUGUUUACAAGCAAUUUCACUUUUAACAGAUAAUUGUAAAUUUCCCCCACAGAUUAUUUUUUCCAAAUCUUACUGCAUGUUGUUUUGGCAGCUGCUUAUUUGUUUUAUUAAUGUUAUUUUGCACACAAAUAUGUAUUUGUUAUUUGUGUAUGUGUUGAAGGUGUAUGUGGCUCAGAUUUUUUUUUUUUAAAUUAAAUAUAUGAAAGGUAAAUAGGUGAUUUAAAUUCAAAACCAUCUCAAACUCUACCCUAGGGUUUUGUGUAGUUUUUGAUAUUAAGAUGCAUGUUUUUAAAAGUGCAAUAGACAUGCCUACCAUUUAAUAUUUAGAUUUUAAUGCAAAGUAAUCUCUCUUUUUUUGUAAUUUGGUAGCUAAAAUGUAAAACACAUGUAAAGAAAUUAACGAGGCAGCGUCCUGGGAAUUGUCCUGUGAUUUUUUUUUUUUUUAAUCCUUUUAUUGAUUUCAAAGCAUCUUGGCAUGGGGCUGCAGU